AUGGCAGAGAGUACAAAUCAAUCGGCGGCAGAAAAAAGUGUGCGCCCCAAGUCAUCUAAGGCAUGGGAGCAUUUUACAUUAAAUGCAGCAAAGAAGAUCGUUACCUGCAAGUUAUGCAAAGCUGAGCUUGUGUGGCAUGGAAGUACCACAGUGAUGCACGAACACAUGAAGAGGAAACACGUUGGUGUCACGGAUGAAGGUGAAACAGCACGAAAGAAACAGCUCACCAUGAGUGAAUUUGUUCAGAGGAGAAAUCCCCCAUGCACUCCUCAACAAGCAGCCAUUGUAACAGAUGCCAUACUUAGUAUGUUGGUAACUGACAUGCGGCCAAUGGCAAUGGUGGAAGAUGAAGGAUUCAAAAAAAUGGUCAGCAUACUCAACCCAGGAUACAUUCUUCCCUCAAGGACCCACUUCACAAAAUUAAUGGAGAGGAAGUACCAGGAGGCAUUCCAAAAAAUUAAGAGUGCUAUAAACACCACCAACAGCAGAAUGGCUUUAACUACUGAUAUAUGGACAAGUGUUGCCACUGAAGCUUACCUUGGCAUUACAUGCCAUUACAUUGGGAAUGACUGGAAGAUGACAUCUGUCUGCCUUACCACCAUGCCACUCGAAGACAGACAUACCUCAACCAACAUUGCAGAGUGGUUGGAAGAAGUAGCAGUCAAGUUUGAAAUCCCUUUUGAGAAAAUUUGUGCCAUUGUACAUGACAAUGGUGCGAACAUUGUGGCUGCUGCAAAAUUACUGGAGGAGAAACAUGGGUGGACCAGUAUACGCUGCACUGGCCACACCUUGCAGUUGGUGAUUAAUGCUGCAUUAAAGAACACAGUCAUUCAAAGAGCAUUUGGAGCUGCAAGAUGUCUUGUCGAGCAUUUAAAAAAAAGUGAGCUAGCCUGCAGCAAGCUGAAAGAAAAACAGAAACAAAUGGGCACACCUGACCAUAAGCUUGUUCAGGAUGUAAGUACAAGAUGGAACAGUACAUUUUAUAUGGUUAACAGACUGAUUGAACAGAGGUGGCCUGUAACUGCAACUCUAUCUGACCCAUCCCUCACUCACAGAGGCAAACGCUAUCUUGACUUGAAACCAGACCAGUGGAGUCUGCUUGAAGAGCUUUCCACUGCUCUUAAGCCGUUUGAAUGUGCCACUGUCUUUAUGAGUGGGCAGGAAUAUAUAACAGUCUCUUCGUUGCCUCCACUUGUGAAAGGGCUCUUGAAGUCCACUGAAGGUGCUGCCUACGAUACAGCUUCAGUGAAGUCCUUCCAAGUCACAGCAGUUGAGCUGCUUCAAAACAGAUGGAAGGAAACACUCUUUGAUCAGGUAGAUAAUCCUGUGAUUCUCUCCUCUGCUCUGGACCCAAGGUUCAGAAAACUGAAAUUUCUGUCACCUGAGCAAAUUAUAACAGUUCAAGCUAAACUGCAAACUGAAGCACUUGCAGCAAGAAGGGAGAUGGUGCAGCAGCAGCAAAUUACCACCUCAACCAUAAGAACCGCAGCUGAACCUUCAACAUCUUUGAUUGACUCACUCCUUGAGUCUGGAGACAGCAGUGAGGAAGAGAGCAGAGAGGAGAAAGCUGAGGAGGACCACAACACUCAAAUAAGAAAUGAAGUCAUGGCUUACUUUGUUGAGAGGCCCCUAGCCAAGGAAGAAAAUCCUUUGGAUUGGUGGAGAGAUAAUAAAGAUAAAUAUCCCACUUUGGCAAAAUUAGCUAAAUCCUACUUGUGUAUCCCAAGCACCUCAACACCAUCUGAGCGUCUGUUCUCUGCUGCAGUUUACAUUGACUGCUCAGCCAGUUCCCUCCUCCUUCAUUGUCCAUCGUGUAAAUCCAUUUCAUUGGUGCCGAAACCUGGGAAAGAUGGGGGAUGCGCUAUCGGAGAGCACUCAAUGAUGAUGGAUGGUUGCGACACUGAGGAGGUAUGGUCCGGUGGUACUGGAGCUGUUCACCAGAAGGCAGAGGAGCCCGCUGCCAUCUUCCAGGGGACAAAGGAGCCGCUGCCAUCUGCCAGGACACAAAGGAGCCGCUGUCGGCCGGUAGAGGGCAGAGGAGCCUCUGACAUCUGCCUGGAGGAUGAGAAGCCCACUGCCAGGUCCAGUGUCAUCACUCGGUGUUGUGGAGGACCAGUCGACAGCGUGUCCGGGGACCGGAAUACACGACUUGAUGGGCUCAACCAGGCCUUCCACAAUGAGAUUCGAGGAAUGGAGGAAGCAGGAGAUGGCAAAUCCAACUCAAAGGUGAAUAGGAAAAUACCAGAGGAGAGAAACACAUGA